AUGUUCGGAGGUUCCAGAGGUUUUGCUCAGGACACUCAUGAACCCAUGGAGUCAAGGCCAGCAAAGCGUCCAAGGAAUAUCUCGGGGCCUGCUGAGCAUGGAUAUCGCGAUGCAGGGCCUAGUAUGCCCCCCGCGGACGUUCCGAUGCAGUUACCACCCCAACGCCUCGACAUCCAAGUCGUACCCCCCGCUACAGCCAGUAAACCCCGAGGCGAAGAUAAGAAUAAUCGGAAAUUGUCCUGUAAGGAGUGCAGAAGUGCGACCGUAACUUUCCUUUCGUGUGUCAAGCGUGGUUGUGGGAGCCUGUGCCCGGAAGGCGCCUUGACUUCUGGUAGGGGCAGCCGGUUCAUCCUCGCGAACACCGAGCAGCUACACGAAAAGAUUGGCCAGCUGAGCGAUCGGGUACGGCAGCUGGAGGACGCGCUGCAGUCUCUCCAAUCGCAAGUGUCGCCGCACCCACACCCCCUGCUCACGCCAGAACUCCUCAAGAUCAAGACGUCGCAAGAACUCUAUGGUGCAACGGCAUCUGCACCCACACAACCCUCCGGCUCCGGCAUGGCCACCCAAGACCCCAACGCCCAUGCAAGGGAUGAUAGACUUAGGGAUUCGGUCGGUGCUAUGUCCUUGGAGCAGCGUUCCGGGCCCACGUCCAAUGCCAUGGAUCUGGACCAUCGCAGGGAUACCACUCCACCAGAAGUGCCACCUGACAUCCUCCAGCUCAGUGCAACCUUCCCCUUCCCCUGGCAAAUGGAUCUCAAGAUACGCAAGCGUAUUCGGGAUUCGCUGCCCCCACGCGAUGAGGCCCGGGCCAUCUGCGAAGAAGCUCGAAGGAACGCCCUCUGGCAGUACAAUCUGGACUCAUCGGAGACGUUCAUACCCAACUUGGUGCACUAUUGCUACACAACUCCGAUCGAAGACCUGAGUCCAAGGCGGUUAGCGUUGUUGUUGAUGGUCCUUUCUAUUGGAUCUUUGGUGGAUUUGAGCCGUCCUCUUGGGUCGCUACAUGGGGAAGCUUACCACCAUCUCGCACGUGCUGCCGUUUGUGAGAUUCCUCUCAUGGAGGAACCGGAUUUCGAUGUUUUGCAUGCACUGUUCUUUAUGAUGUGGUACCAUCUAAUCUUUUCUGAUAACAAGAAGGCUAUCGGCUAUGCAUGGAACUUGAUGGGAUUCGUCGCCAAGCUGGCCCAAGGGUUGGUAACAGAUCGGGACUCACCCCGACUGAAACUCAUACCGGAAGAACACGAAAAGAGAAGGGCUGUCUUCUGGGAACUUUUGAAUAUGGACUGCCGUAUGAGCCUCUCACUCGGUCGACCACCCUCCAUAUGCCUGGCACAUGUGGAUGUACAGCAACCGACUUACGUUGGUCCAGGGAUCUAUGUACCCAAGGAAGAGGUCGUGUACCACGAAUGGAAACAUGGAUUUUUCAUCAAAUGUCUGUCCCCCAUGUUGGAAGUAAUGAUUGCGAAGGAACAGCCUGAUUAUUCCCGCAUUAUUGAAUUGGACACGUCUGUCCGUGACUUUGGAAUACCGGCUUUGCUUGAUGUGGAUUCGAGCAAGUCCAUGGAGGUCGCUCCCCGAUUCUUGUGCAUGCAAAGAGCUAUGGUUGCGCUGAGUCGUGAAAUUGCUCUUCUUCAACUGCACCGCAAAUACUUCACCCAAGCAAUGAGUGAUCCCGCGGCAUUCGACUUGCAUCACCAGUAUGCACCCUCAGUUAUCGCUACGUACCUAGCCGCAUCUGGAUUGAUAUCCACCGUGGAGACGCUGUUCGAUCAAGAACAGCAGCUCACCGCGCGAUUUUUGCACUUUUGGUUCAAUUCAUUCUCUGCUUCGGUCACGCUAUCCCUCCUUAUUUCCCGAGCGCCAUCGACGCCACUGGCGCACUAUGCCUUACAGUCGCUGGAGAGGGUUUGUCAACUGUUCCGUCGGGCAGCUGUCAUUCUACCGUUUGCGGGGAAGGCCUUGCCUGUGAUGCAAAAGCUGAUUGAAAAGUCCCGCAAGGCACUUUUGCACCAUCAACCGAGUUCAAUGUAUCCCUCGUCCUCUACGUCCCCUGCCGAAAUGGGCACUUCGUAUACUCGACACUCUGAGCCCAGGCCGUUGCCGACGCCGUUCAAGCGUGCGCAUCCGUUCUUGAUAGGCAAGGUGGAGACGAUCUUAUCGUCGAUGGCGGCUUCUGGCUCGAGUGCGACUACACCACCCACGACGUCGACGUCGUCCCUGAACAGGAUUCUGGAUCGUGGGCCACCGCCACCCGAACCUCCGACUCGCCGUUCCAACUCCCUACCGCCUCCUGAAUCGUGGCUUCCCGAUAUCUACAAGUUCUCAAGUCUUGGACUUGGGCUGGAAGACCGAUACAACUUUGCGUCGUCUCAGCCUACUCCGUUUACCCCGUCCUCUCCUCGUGUUGCGGAGAAUAAGGAUUUCAAUUUUGAUCAUGGGGAUAUUACGGUCGAGCUGGUGGAGGAGACGAGUUAUAUGGCUUGGUUCUAG